AUGGAUAUCUCACAGAAUAUUCAUUAUUUUUCAGGAAACGAAACUGAGGCCAUACGUCUUCUUGAAGAGGGAGCAAAUGCAACUUAUGUGGACAAUAAUGGACAUCUUCCAAUGCAUUUGGCUGCUUUAUACGGUUAUGAAAAAUUAUUUCAUUCUCUAAUGGAAAAGGGCUACAAAUAUCAAAUUCACGAAAAAGAUAUUUAUGAUGCAGGCAUUCCACUGAUAAAAGCUGUCCGCGGAGGACAACACAAAAUGGUAGAUCUAUUAAUAAAAAGUGGAAGUGAUGUGAACUCCGCCGAAACGACCGUUUUAUGGAGUCCGCUUCGAAGGGCGGCAAAAAAUGGUGAUGUGAAACUGAUCGAAUUACUCCUCAAUAAUGGUGCAGAUGUCCAUGCCACAAACAGUUUUGGAUUAACAGCGCUAUUUCUUGCUAAAUUAAAUAAUCAUUCAAGUGCUGUACAUAUUCUCGAACAGGCGGAAAAAAAGUCAGAAAAAGAAUUGCCGAAAAAUAUGUGCAAUUUCUAA